ACUGCGCUACCGUGCUGCCCGCCAAGUGCAAACCGUAAUAGCCUUGGAAAUGUGCUAAUCUCUUACCUGUCCAGCUUAUUUAAUCGGCUGUUAAGUUUAAUGCAGCUUUAAAAUACUUCGUUAAGAUUUAGAUACUUGUUGCUCGCUCCUUUUCCAUGUCAAUGGUGAACUGGAAUGGCCUCGGCACAAAGUUUAUAGAAAUCGUGACAACUGUGCGUCUCCAAUUGGCUGUUGCUUUUGUUUCCCAAUUUAACGCGCUCAUGAGACUAUCGGUUUCGUUUCUGCUUCCAUCUUAGAAAACAGGAGGAGCAAACGCGUAAAUCAGAAGCAGAAAACAAUUUGGUUUAUUACUGGGAUCAAUAAAACAAAUGACUGCGAUCCAGGAGAGGUGAGCGCUGCUCGGGCCUUUCGGAAAAGGGGACAAGUCUGAGAAGACGACCGCUACUUAGAUUUUGUAUUAUGAAUACUUCAACGUGGUCUUGAUUGGAAAUAAUAAUCUCUUUAGAAUGGAUGAAUACAAGAACCUGCCUGUGAAUCACUGGACAGAGGACCAUGUCAGAGCCUGGCUUGUAUCACUAGGACUCAAGGAGCAGUACAUCAAAAAACUCCAUGAAGAGGAGGUCACAGGGCCUGUACUCAAACAGCUACCCGACACUUACUUCAGGGACACCAUUGGCAUGAAGGGUGGACAACUAGUGCUGCUGCUGAGGGCAAGAAUGAGACUGCCGGGUGCAGACUUGAAAAAUGAAACAGCUGGUCACAGUGAGAAUCAGCUGACUGAACCAACAGUUGGCAGCCAGGUACUGACAGAACAGAUUAAGCCACGGCCGUUUGGUAAGGAGCCUGGUACCUUGACUUACAGAAAACAUGGGUGUCUGCCCCCAGAGACGGGCAUCAUUGACCUGAUAUCACCAUGCCGUGAGUUCAAAUCACUUGCAGAUGCUGUCAAGCUGGAUGAAGUUCGUCUACAGAGCAAAUUUGCCAAGGAGGUCAUCAGGUUUGCAUGUGGAUGCAUGAAUAUGCGCACCAAUGGCACGAUUCACUUUGGUGUCAUGGAUAACGUGAACAAUUCCACUUUUAAACACGGGGAAGUCAUUGGAAUUCCUGUAGAAGAUCAAAGUAUUUAUAUUGAAGCACUUAAAUAUAUUAAGAAUUGCUUUGAGGAAAAAAGUCAUGAGGCGGCACAUGCCUGUGUUCAGUCACCCCACUUUAUUAAGGUCUUUGACCAACAGGGUACUCUCAGCGGUUAUGUGGUUGAGGUAGACAUUGUUUCAUCCUUAUGCUUCCUGAAGGGAAACUACUAUGGGGUUCGUCUCCCAAAUUUUAAAGAAGAAUCAAACAAAGUGAUCUAUGACAAAGUCACGAUAUAUCAGCGGGUAGGUGCCAGUACUGAAUCAAUAGAUGGUCAAAAACUAAUUGAAUUUGGUAAACACAUACCGAAAAGAGAUCUGAUGAGGGAGGAAGCAGAAACACCUCCCCCUAGUAGCCCAGCAGAAAUCAGAGAAAAUUUAGCCAGGAAGCUCUCUAUGCUUUUAACUUGUGGAAGAAAUUACAUGGAUGACAACCUGCAGUACAUCCUGGUGACAAGCAAGUGGAAACCAGAGGAACUACAGCACUCCACCUUUCUGUUCAACAUGAACCUUCUGUGUGUCUUUGAUUUUGACGCAGACUCUGAAUCAUCAGGUCUGUGCCAUAAGUACCUCAGUUCCCAUGAAGCCAAUCUCUACUCCCUUCAAAAGUACAUGGAUGACACAAAGAACUGUCCAGACGAAUUCAUGAAAAGCAGGCAGCUUUUUGAAAAGACCAAUUGGAUCUUCUGCAAUGGGCGCAGAGGUUAUCUGGGUGGUGAAGAAGCCUGUGAUGAGAAGAUGUGGAUCAGAACCCAGACAAAGUACCUGAGGAAGGCCGUCUCCAUGCUCUGCAAUGAAACAGUCCUACCUAAGGGCUCAUGCUUGGUGCUUUUCCUUUUAAUGUCCCCCAUUGAGCAGGCAUUGUGCGAGACUUUUCACGACUUUUAUAUUGAAAUGAAUGACCAUGAGGAUAUCGUUUGCAUUUCAGAAUCAGAGGAGCAGUACAACAAGUUGUUCAGCUUUAUGCCAGCUUCCUACGAUGCCUCAGAAUUAAAGAACAACAGCAUUGUCGGGAUGAAGAUAAGUCAUGUUGACACCACCAUCCAGAGUUUGCAGCUUUCUUCAAUCAAACUGGAGAGGCAUCUACUGCUCUAUAGCGGUGGACAUUGUACUCUCAAAACUACAGAUGAAGACAAGCUACUCUCUUUGGAGGUGCUAAGUGAAAACCAAUGUGAGAACACCAAUUUAGUGUCGCUCAAUCAAGAGCAAAUCAGUGAAACUGAGAGAAAUUUUUAUCAUGGGAGCAAAGUGGCCUGGAUCAACUUUUGGUUGGCUGAGACAAAGCAAUGUGGAGAUAUUCCUGAGCGGGACUCACUCGAAGAGGUUCAAACAAUGGUGCUGGAAUGUUUGCAACAAAGUGCAAGGUGGGACUCUGUUGCCAUCAUAAAUAUCUGUCACCAUCCUGGCAGUGGAGGCAGUACAGUGGCUCGGCAGGUCCUGUGGAGCUUCAGGAAGAGGCUAAGGUGUGCAGUAGUCAAAACGUCCUGCCCUGCCGUGAACGUGUGUGAACAUGCAAUAAGCCUCCGUGAAUAUGAAGAGAAAGAUCGAAACUGCUGCCUGCCAGUGCUGCUACUUGUCGAGGACACUGAAGAAGAGUACCUGGAUGAUCUAAAGCAAGAAUUGGAGAAAGCUAUUGAUGCCAUUAAAGUCAGCCCACCAGCACUGUGUUUCAUCCUGUUAAGCUGCAACCGUUCUUAUGAACCAGAGAAGAUGUGUCGAGCCCUACCACUGCAGACAGUAGCCAUCACACACAGACUGACGGAGAAGGAGAAGUUACUGUUUGCCAAAAAACUUGAGAACCUUAGGAAGAAAUAUAAUCCUGAUCUGAUGCUGACCUUUGUGUUGAUGGCAAAUGAAUUUGAUCCAGAGUACCAGAGGGAGUUUGUGUCCAAAAUCCUGCAAGACUUGGAUCGUAACAGCCGUGCUACCCUGCUGUUAAAGUACAUUGCUCUGCUGAGUGGCUAUGUCCAAAAUUCCUAUGUCUCACUCUCUCGGUGUCUGGCUUUCCUUGCACCACAAGCCACCACUGGUCGCUUCAUUCAUUUGUUCUUCCAGAGGCUGCUAAGUGAACAGGCCAAGUUUCUACUCAUUCAUCUGAAAGACAGUAGGACAGGUAGCCUUGCUGUACGCAUAAUUCACCCAUUGGUUGCAAAGGAGAUUCUCUCUCAGCUAUUGAUUGAUGAGAAACAGAGCGAUAUUGCUAUAGGGCUUCUACAGGAUGAACAGCUGCUAAAAGACAUAGAAGUACCAAGAACAUUUUUUCGGUUUCUUAGAGACUUGCUGAUGAAACGCUGUAAAAAAGUGUGGGGUGAUGAAUUGGAUACAUUGUUCUCCCCCUUUAUUGAACAUGUGCUCAAAAUUGAGGAGAAUUAUGAACAGGCCACACGUCUACUUGAACUUGGCUAUGAGUUGGUUGCCCCAGAUGGCUACUUUGCCCAGCAGGUUGCCAGGGUUCACUACACCUAUAAGAACUUUAAGGAGGCAAGAGAGUGGACCACAAAAGCAAAGUUCCAGUUACCCCACAACUCCUACAUCCUGGACACAGAGGGUCAAGUGUUCCGCAGAUGGUUCAGUGAGCAGCGUGCCAAAGUGCAGAAGAAUCCUACAGCAGAAGAGGUUUGUGAACUCAUUGACAUUGCACUGAAAGCCAUGAGCUGUUUCCGGGAGUCUCAGGAAGUGGCCGGUCGCCAGACAGAGUGGUGCAUGAACAGUGCAGGCUACUUCAGUGAGGUGAACAUCGGGAUGGAACUUCUGGAACUCCUUUCCACUGUUGACACCUUUGCAUAUGACAGUGGCCAUUCAGAACUACUAAAAUACCUGUGCACAGACUACAUCCCUGAAGAAAUAAAGUACCCCUGGACCAGCUUCCAUAGUAACUUAAAAAAUGUGCGGAAUUGGAUUUACAGAGACCUGGAGUGGAUUUCAGAAGACUUGAGUUACUAUCGGGGCACCAAAGCACACGAAGGUGAGGAGUCAACUAGGAGCAGUUACCAUGGCUGUGACUGGCUGGCCACCAAAACCACCAAAUGCAUAAAGUUCUUCCAGGAAGUAUGGGACACCUCAUUAAAUAAGGGGACAACUCUGAGAGAUGCUGACAGUGGUGGUCUUCUCAGUAAGUGGACAAAAAUCUAUAAACUCCGUGGUGGAAAUGUAAACACAAUUCUUCAUCUUCUGAGCAAGAAAGACUCAGGGAGCAAACUUGAAAGAAUAAUUGAUUUGUAUCCUCCAAUAUCCUGCCUGACCACCUAUCAGCUGGUCAGUUACAUCCUGUGCCAGGUGGCCCUGGCCUGCUCUCUUCCCAGUUCUCCGAAACAGAAAACACUGCUGGAGCUGAGCCACAUGAUCUUCAAAGUUCCCAAAGAGCAAUUUUCACCUGGUACCUGUUUUGUCUCAUUGUUCCUCUUUUGGCCAGGACAGCAAUGUGAUAAAGAGUGGGCUGACAAAGCGGACAAGCUGCUGACGUUGGCCAGUGAGACCCUCAAGGAACGCUAUGACUCGAGAAAGAAAAACAUUCCUCAGAGACAGAAGCGAAUACAGAGCUAUUUCUUCUUGGGGAAUGGGGACGGUCUCAACAGAUUCGUUAACAGCAGCAAACUGAACAAAGAGACAGGUGGUGCACUGACAGAACAGAGUCUACGCUGGUCAGGCUACCAGGUCUGGGCCAAUCCACAAGUCCAGAAGCUACUCAGACCUGUGCAAGGCUGGACAGAAAGAGGCAAGCUAUACAUACAGGGCAACUCGGCUGGAAGAAAAAUCCGAGUGCCGGUGGUGCACCGUUCUUCUGCUGCAACUGAUGACAAAAAUGUCACCUUUUAUAUAGGAUUCUCUUUCUCUGGACCUGUGGCAUAUAAUAUUAGAACAACACCCAGUUGAUGGGCCUGUACUGUUCUGACCAGUGUGCACAUGAUGGAGUUUGAUCAAUUACUCAAUGCACAACAAACACCUUUUACUUUAACAAAACUCUUAAAUGAAGAACAUAACAACACAGCUUGUUUUAUUAAGAAUUGCAGAUCCUGUAAAAGUUAAUGGGAGAGAGAUGAAUGAAUUUCACACAAAUGUCCUGCGCUAAGGAUAUUAAUAAAAUAACAAGGGCUACAAAACAGCUCUCUAAAUGCUGUAUAAUGAUGCCAGUGAGGUUUCCAACAUAAACAAAUAAGAAACAUUUUAUAUGUCGUCGACAUCUUUAAACAGAAUUUGAGAAUUGACCAGAAGAUGCCACUUUCAAGUAUUAACUGGUGACUUGUGUCCAUCUGCAUCUUUGUGGAAAUUUAUUUUUGUAGCAUUCAGCAUCUUUGACCAAGUUCAGUCUGUGCUUUUGUGUUGUAAUCAAAGAAUGGAUAUUUAAUUAACAACCGGAAUCCUCCCUAAUGAUUCCCCUAUUACUCUGAACACUUAUAUCAUAAUAUUGGGUUUAGAAGAACAUGGAGAGACCGAAGCUCAUCCCUUACACAAGCCACACGUGCACCUCGUUCAGAGCUGGUUUCCAUCUUCCUCCUGACGCUGCUGGGGUAGACUCGGGACAGUUUUACAUCAUCAUUUCAAUUAACCUGCACAUCUUUAGGGAUUUACGAACAACCUCCCCCUUUCAUAAUGGCAACUUUGAAUCUCUCACCUCUUAAUCUAAAAUAUUAGAGCCCAGUUUUUCCUUGUACCUCAAACCCCACAAUCCUUGAAUGAACCGAGCAUCGAAACCUGUUCUUUAGCCUUUCCCUGGUGCCAUUAUAUCCCUGACAUAUAAAUACCAGUUGUAUAGUGCCUUUCCUAAUGUGGCUGACACGUUGAAUUGUACAUCUCUCUAACAUUUUUUUUUUUAAUUUUAUUGAUUUUAUUGUCAUCAUUCCAUACAAAUAGAUAAAUAUUUACAAAAAAUAGGAUUGAAAACAAAUAAACCUCCACCCUGAGAAAGAGAGCAUUUCCAACGGAAUAAAACUUAAGGCUAGUAAAAAUAAAUAAAUUGAUGAGAUUAAUAGGCGGAUAAAGAUAAAUGGAGAAGAAAAGGAAAUGGGAAGAGAAUCUACUUCCUCAGUGCUUUAAGAGCUUAUUCUAAAAUAUUAUUGAUUAGAUCCUGCCAGGUUUUGAAAAAGUUCUGCACAGAUCCUCUAACUGAGAAUUUGAUUUUUUCCAAUUUCAAAUAAUAUAAAACACCAGUUACCCACUGACUUAAAAGAGGACAGUUAGGAUUCUUCCAGUUUAGCAAAAUAAGUCUGCGUGCCAAUAGUGUAGUGAAGGCCAUCACAGUUUGUUUGUCCUUCUCCACUUUAAGCCCAUCUGGAAGAACACCAAACAGCUGUUAGUGGGUUAGGAGGGAUUGGGACACCAAGGCUGUCAGAAAGUCACUUAAAGAUUUUGGUCCAGAAUGAUGUUAAUUUAGCGCAGGCCCAAAACAUGUGGCCCAGUGAGGUUAGAACUUGAUUUCAGCAUUCGCAGGUUGGAUUUUGCCCUGGAAACAUUUUGGACAAUUUUAAGCGAGACAGAUGAGCUCGAUAUAUAAUUUUGAGUUGAAUAAUUGUAUGCUUUGCACAUAUGGAGCUCGAGUGAAUUCUGUGCAUUGCUCCUUUCCACUCCUUUUCUGAUAUGUUAAGUGAGAGAUCCUUUCCCUCUGUCCUCCUGGAUCUUUGAAAGGGAGGGACUGUAAAAUAAUUUUAUAUAUUGCAGAAAUGCUGUCUGAGUCCUCAAAACUGAGCAGUAUUUUUUCCAGCAUAGAGGAAGGUGGGAGAUGGGGAAAAUUGGGCAGGUUCUGUUUAACAAAGUUUCUGAUUUGAAGAUAGUGAAAGAAAUGCGUUGCUGGAAAAUUAAAUUUGGAAUGUAAUUGUUCAUAGGAUGCAAAGAUGUUGUCUAUGUAAAGAUUUCUAAGCAAUUUAAUCCCAAAUGUUUUCCAGAUAUUACAGACUGCAUAUGUUUACGAGGGUUGAAAGAGGUGGUUCUCAUGCAGAGGUGGCACAGAUAAAAGAUUCUCCAUCUUAAAAUGCUUCCUACAUUGGUUCCAUAUUCUGAGUGAGCGAAGCACAAUUGGGUUAUUAGUAUGUUGGCGAUAACUUGCAUUAAUAGGGGCACAAUGCAGGGAAUAUAAAGAAGUACUGCAGGAUUUUAUUUCUAUUGCGGACCAAGCCUGUGUGUGUUCAUCUAUUUGUGUCCAGGUUUUUAUAGCUUGUAUGUCUGCUGCCCAGUUAUAAAACUGAAAGUUAGGUAAAGCCAUGCCACCUUCUGUCUUAGGUCUUUGUAGAGUCGCUCUUUGGAUACUUGGAUGUUUUAAGUUCCAAAUAAAUGAGGUUAUUGUUGAAUCUAAUUGCUUAAAGAAUGAUUUAUUGAUGUAUAUUGGAAUGUUUUGAAAUAAAAAGAGAAGCUUAGGAAGGAUAUUCAUCUUAACAACGUUAAUUCUUCCAGCUAGAAUGAGAUGAAGGGUUGACCAUCUAUGUAAGUCUUGCUUAAUUUUUUCCAUACAGACGGCGAAAUUUUGUUGAUGAAGAGCUUUAUGUUUAAUUGUGAUAUUUACCCCAUGGUAUUUAAACUGAUCUGCUAUGGUAAAAGGCAGGGUGUCCAAUUUAAUAUUGUAUGCUUGAGAAUUCACUGGAAAGAGCACACUUUUAUUCAAAUUUCAAAUAAUUCAAAUCUUUUGAAAUUCUGCAAGUGCUGUUAAGACUGCAGGCACAGUAUUUUGUGGGUCUGAUAUAUACAAAACCAUAUAAUCUGCAUAUAGAGAAAUUUUCUGUUCAAGUCCUUCUCGGAUAAUCCCCUUUAUCUGAUAAGCAUUUUGACAGUGAACUGCCAGUGGUUCAAUGGUGAUUGCAAAUAGCAGUGGUGACAAGGGACAUCCUUGUCUGGUGCCACGUUCUAGUUUAAAGUAGUCUGAACAAAUGUUGUUAAUACAAACUGAAGCUUCUGGAUUGGUAUACAGUAGUUUGAUCCAUGCACAAAUGUUCAGGCCAAACCCAAAUUUCUCUAAUGUAGUGAAAAGGUAGUUCCAUUCAAUCAUAUCAAAUGCUUUUUCUGCAUCCAAGGAUAAUAAUGUCUCCGGGGUGUUUGACUUUGCAGGUGAAUAUAUUACAUUAAACAGGUGUCGGAGAUUGAACGCUAAGUGUCAGACUUUAAUAAAUCCAGUUUGAUCUUGUGAUAUUACUGAAGGCAACACUUUCUCCAUCCUUCUAGCUAGGACCUUGGAGAGUAUCUUAACAUCAUUAUUCAGAAGUGAAAUUGGUCUGUAUGAUGGACAUUGUAAUAAGUCCUUAUUUUGUCUAGGAAAGAUAGUGAUUAAUGCUUGGCGAAAAGUUUGAGGUAGAAUUUGAUUGUCUCUAGCUUCUGUAAAUGUUGCCAAUAAGAGGGGAGCUAGCUGAGUGGAGAAUUUCUUAUAAAAUUCGACAGGGUUGACAUCAGGGCCUGCUGCUUUCCCACUCUGAAGUGACUUACUAGCUUCUAGUAAUUCUGAUAACGCCAGAGGUUUAUCCAAUUCCACUGCAGUAAAAGUAUCUAUUUGUUGUAUCUGUAAUGUAUCCAGGCUAACAUUCUCUUUUGACGUGUGCUCACUAGACAGCUAAACGUCCCUAUUGCUCUUCUUCAGGACUUCUGACCACACACUGUCUGGUUUUAAACAGUCUCUUUCAUGAACCCUUCAUUUUGGUUUUAUCUGCAAUUUUCUUUUGUAAUGUAUAGUAGAUUAUUUACAAUUAGGCGUGGUAAAGGUGCUAUAUAAAUAAAAUAAAACACACUAUUAUUAAAAUUCACUUACAACAUUUACUUGCAUUAAGAUUACCCAAAUUUUAAUUUUAUCCAGGUGCUACCAGCCCCCCAGAGCAUAUGCAAACCUAAUGAAUAUGUCAGCUGGGAUUUUAUUCAGAAUUUGCUCUUAAGUGAAAAAGGGUGGCAAGUGUUGUGUUACACUUCUCUGCCUAUCAAAUAGUCUGCCGCUUCCAGGUUUCCACAUUUCUUCAUCUUCUGACAGAAGAGGGCAGUUUGCUUAUGCUUAUCUAGUUUGAGCCUUUAACUUUUGUUUUCUAUUUCAGCUCAGUUUUUCGAAAGUGAAAUUUGAGGAAUCAAUGCAGCACUUCUAGUACAUUUGAAUUCUCGUUUCUAUUCUGAAAAGUAAUUUGCUAUAUUCAAAUUGCUAUUUGGAGCAUUUCCUACUUUAUAUAGAACUUAUUAUCAGUGUUUUCUGGUAAUUUGGCAUCUCGUUGCUACAUUCUUUGUGCUUUCGCUCUUUACUACUACUACUACCACCGGAUUUUACAGAAUUUUAUAUUCACAAAUGGAUAUUUUAUACAUUUUUCAUUUCAUGCAUAUGCACAAUCAGGUUGUACAUUUUACUUCCAUUUUCCACUUCAGCAGUCUUACCCACAGUGGAAUGAAGAGUAAAUUAUGCGGCAUUCUUAGUGUCUUUGCAAAUUUUUCACCUUUUCUGAAGGUUUGGGGUCCCCACAGAGUCGCUGUGCUCAAGACCCCUGUACACCUGAGAUUUGUUUUCUUCUCCUCUGUUACUAUCUGGCCUUAAUUUGGAGCACUUUAAAAUAUUGUAGUCUACUGGCAUUAAAAAUCUUUAAUAAACAAAAAGUAUUACAUA